CAUCCGUGGUCGAGGGCACGUAGAACUUCCAGUAUACGAUAGGGAGUGUUUGAGUGCUGCACUAGUGGACCAGUCAUGUUUAAAAUAAGAAAUGCGCUUCGAAAAGCGAUUAUUCAAGCGGACAGCGUCAUCUUUUGCAAAGCAGGACGCGAGCAUUCCAGGGCAUUCAUCUCAACAGGACCACAGCAGCAACAUGGGACCUUCUACGAAUUUCGCACCUACUACAUUCAACCACACCUGAACACAGCCUUUCACAAACUGACCAGUGAAAAGAUCCAACUGCGCACGGCACAUUCUGAGCUCUUGGGCUAUUGGAGCGUGGAGUAUGGAGGCCUUAAUCAGGUCUUCCACAUCUGGAAAUAUGAGAGCUAUGCUCAUCGGGCGGCAGUGCGGGCAGCACUGGCACAGGAUCCUACCUGGAUGGAGCAGUACAUCUCGAAAGCUUUGCCCAUGCUGAGCUCUCAGGAUAAUGAAGUAACAUAUUUGGUGCCCUGGAGCAAGAUUCAGAAACCACCUAAAGAAAGAGGUGUCUACGAGCUGGUGUCGUUCCAGAUGAAACCUGGAGGCCCUGCUGUGUGGGGUGAAAGUUUUCAGGGGGCAGUGGGCACCCAUGCAGCUCCAGGAUAUGCUCUCCCUGUGGGUGUUUUUCACACUGAGUUUGGACUGCUCAAUAGAGUGCAUGUUCUAUGGUGGUAUGAGAGCGCAGAUCAUCGGGCAGCAAUAAGACACAAAGCCCACAGUGAUCCUAGGGUUGUGUCUGCAGUGCGGCAGAGUGUAGCCUACCUGGAGUCUCAGAAAAGCAAGCUGUUGUUUCCCUGUUCUUACUCUCCUCUCAAGUGAACAUUUAAAGCUGACUUGAUACAACCUAUGAUCAAUUCUUACCAUCUAUUGAUCCAUUGAGCACUGAACUCUCGGCUGAUUCUGACAGGUGUGUGCUGGACUUUUUUAAGUGUUUUGCUUACGUUUAUCAAUAUGUACAUGAACAUGUAUGGCAUGACAAUAAGCAUCUACAGUAUUGUUUUCUGGGUGUCAUUUACCUAAAUUUCUCCAUAGCAUUCAUUUCUCUUAGUAGUCAUGGUUUACAUAACAUUUCUACUGUAUAUUUCUGAAAUACAUGUCCAUCACUGAACAAAAUGUGUUUUGUUCUCUUUUUU